AUGCAAGCCGUUAAAAGUGUAAAUCGCACACGGAACUGCCUGCUUCGGUGUCACCAGUCGAAGACAGCACCAAUAGCAUCCGACAAGAAACGCGCAUGUGAGAAAGACGGUCCUCACUCCGAGCGUAUAGACAGCAACAUAGCGGGCAUAUGGUCCCAGUACUGGAAUGAUCAUCGUAGUCAAGAAGAAAUUAACAAUUCACCAGAUACUAUUGAUGAUAUUAGAACUGUCAAGGAGUGGUGGACAAAGAUACCAGCGCCGAAGGAUGUUAACACUUUCUUGACAGUCAGCUUCUCAGUCAACGGUGGAGGGGGCUCGGUCAAGUUUGACAUGAUACUGUUCGAUUGGACUGGUGAAGGUGAAAAAUGGUGCCUCCGCACCGCAGCAAUGCUUUGCAUGGGUAUCAUUUUCCUGUACCUCGCUCAUAGCGAGCCCAAGAUUAAGUACUAUGCAUUCUAUGCUGGAGCACACGCAAUCGUGAUAGGCACUUUUAGGCUGCUCGCCUCAAGAAGCAUUUAUCGCAAUGCUCUCGCGAAGAAGAACGAGGCAAUGAAACCCCAGUCGAGCGCGGAAACUGCUCAUGAAACUACUGGGACGGAGGGCAUUUUGGAAGAUGCGAAGCCUCGAGGAGUUUCCGAGAAUGCUGACUUGUUGGUCUGA